CGCCACCACCCCAAGCACUUCCAUUUCGCCAUCGUCGACUCCAUCUCCAUGGCGCUCACAGCAGCAGCAACCCUCGGCUCCUCCCCGCUCGUACCUAUCUUCGUCACCGCCGCCGGGAUGAACAGCAGCGGCAUGUCCGUGUCGUUCGGGGCGCGCAGCGUGCCGGGGAUUUCUCUGGCUAUUCAUUCCCGGCGGAGGAGGAUUGUCGCGGUGGGGGCGGCGGCGAGAGGGGAGGAAGCGGCGGAGAAGACCUUCGUGGAGGAGAUGCGGGCUGUGGCGAUGCGGAUGCACACCAAGGACCAGUCCAGCGAAGGGGAGAAGGAGCAACGAGGACCGUCGCUCAGCGAGCUGGAGCCUAACCUUGAGGCCUACCUGCGCUUCCUCGUCGAUAGCAAGCUUAUCUUCCAGACGCUCGAGAAUAUCGUCGACCGCGCCGCCGUCCCAUGGUAUGGGGAGUUUCGGAAUACUGGGUUAGAGAGAUCGGAGGCACUGAAGAAAGAUCUGAAAUGGUUAAGUGAAACGGGUCACACAAUUCCAGAACCAUCUGCUGAUGACACUAGAUAUGCUUCAUAUCUGGAAAAGUUGUCUGAGAAGGACCAGCAUGCAUUUUUCUGUCACUACUAUAAUAUGUACUUUGGGCAAUCUGCUGGAGGUCGAAUGAUCGGCAAGAAGAUUGCUGACAAGAUUCUGAACAAGAAAGAGCUGGAAUUCUACAAGUGGGAAGGUACCCUGUCCGAGUUGCUGCAGAAUGUCCGUGAAAAACUUAACCAAGUUGCUUCUAGCUGGACCCGGGAAGAGAAGAACCGCUGCCUGGAGGAGACUGAGACGUCGUUCGCCUAUUCAGGAGAGCGUCUGCGCAAGAUAUUCACCAGAGCCUAAGGUUUUACGUUGUAUCAAUUUCUUGUCAGUUGUAUCAGAUCGUCCGAUGGUAUCGUAGUACCACGAUACUAUGUGAUCUUCAUUUUUAUUGUUCUCAGUCUUGGGGAGCUCACAUGAGCUGGUGUGCUAGGCAGCCCAAGUUCAAGCGUCAGCACUCUCUUAAUAAAAUACCAUUGUGGUUCCUCC